AUGUCUCCUACCGCUGGAGUCCACCAUGAUGAAGAUGGGGAUGAUCUGUAUGACAUCCCCAACAGUCGCGCUGUUGUUCCACCACCCGCUCCCACUCCUGGUGGAUUGUUGAGGGUUGACUUGGUUGGAACACCACUUGAUACCCUUGGUGGAGGCUCUCCGCUUGAUUCUGCAACUCGCCAUGAGACUGCUGCUGUGCUUGCAUCCUUGGCUAAUGGUACCACACCCCCAGCUGGUGGCACAGAAGUUACACCAAAUGAAGCAGAGAAUUCCACUCCCAAAGGUACCAAACGAGCAACACCCAUGAACAGCUCUCGUCACACCAAAGCAAAGCAGGGAGCUGCCCGAAUUCAUGUUGGAGGAAGAUGCAAAACAACAAGAGGUCAGCUCUUUCAUUUGCUUUCUACUGAAAGCCAAAAGGCAACCAUUCGCGAGUUCAACAACAAUCACAACUGUUAUGGAACAAUCAAGUCCGGCAGCUCAAAUCAAGGCUACAACGUUGUGUUUGAUUGUCUUCCCACUGAUGAAAAGGAAGUUUUUAUCAGACGCAAGAACCUGACUGCCAUUCCCAAAGGAUACGAGGAAGUCACCUUUGAUCGGUCAAGUGAUGAUCCGGAAAAACUUGCAGAAAUUCGAGUCAAGAAGAGCAAGAAAUUAUCUCCCUUUCAGGUGUGCAAUGACAAGUUCCUCUCCCUGGAAGAAGCAGAGAUGUCUGUAGCCAAGACGUUUGACAUGCACUGGUCUAACGAUGAUGGGGCAGAAUGUGUUCCGUGGAAGAUUCUUCCAGACGGUGUGCAUGUCACAGAAGCAAAGGAUCCCAUGUACUAUCCGGAUGGAGUAGCCUUCAAGAAGCAAGUUGACAUUGGCGACUCUGGCGCCAAUACUGAUUUCGCGAAAUUCAUGCCAGAUCUUACUGGGAUGGCUGCCAAGAUUGACAAGUUCCACUCGUCCAUCAAGAGUCCGAUGUACUCUACUGUCAAGUCGGAUCGCAUCCAGUUCUAUGAUGAGGACGGUUACUUUGGAAACAAGGAUGGCGAUUGGAUGGUCAAGCAAUGCUUCCUCCUUCUGAUUGCAUCUUGCCUGGAGACAGAGAAUGGUUCUGAUCUUUGGAAGCGAGGCCCUUCCUCUGGACGCAAGGAAUACCCUGACUUUGGCCAGUAUCUUCCUUUGAAUUAUUGGAAGGCUUUCACUUGUGCUGUCGGACUUUGCUUCGGCCCUGAAGAGUACUGGUACCUGGAUAAGCGAGACGUUCCAUGGGAUGCUAUCGUGCCAGCUGUCAUCGGUUUCAACAAGAAGAGGCAGGAAUUGUUCUGGGUUGUCCUCCUUAUGCUCGAUGAGAGCAUGAUUGGAUGGAGACCCAAGUCCACCAAGACAGGAGGUCUUCCCAACCUGACAUAUGAGCCAAGGAAGCCGGUUCCCUUGGGAACAAUGCUUAGGAAUGGAGUGGAGUGCAUCACCGGUUGUAUUGCCAUGAAUGCAGAGCGACAGAACUUCAAGAAGUAUCUUUACGCGGACAAAGAGGAACAGAUUCGACAGAAGUCAAGUCUCCCUGGGAAACCCGACAUGCCAGCACACACAGCAGAAGUUCUUCGUCAAGUUGAAGAUGCUCAAGUUGUGAAGAAUGGCUGGUGUGGAGGUGAUGCUUGGUUUGGUUCAGUGGCGACUUGUGUUGAAUUGAAGAAACGUUUCGGUGUACAUUCCACCUUUAUUGUCAAGAACAACAAAGCGUUCUAUCCUAUGGAAGUUCUUAAUGCUGUGUUGAAGGCAAGACAUGGUGAUAAACCGGCAGGUCAUUGGGUUGUCAUGACUACUACUAUUGCCGGUGUUGAUCUAUUGGCGAUUGCUUAUGCCUGGUCGCAGAAGGGGGUAUCCUAUUUUAUUUCCAGUUGUGGAGAACCAUCCGAAAUCAAGUACGAAUCCAAGUUUGAGGAUGAGUGGGGCAACACCGGCAGCAAGCUCAUCAAUCGACCCAAGAUUUGCCAUUUCAUUUAUGAGUAUCUUCCCUUGAUCGAUGAACACAACAAGCAAAGGCAGAACCUUCUCGCACUUGAGAAGUGCUGGCAGACCAAGAACCCAUGGAUGCGAAUUGCCUUAGUGGACUUGCAUCGGUACUACCGCUACCAGAGGAUUGUUGAGAAAGGACACAAGCGCGAGGCCAUGGAUCAAGUCCGAAUAAUGAAGAUGGCCGAUUUGGUUUGUGCAGGAUUGAAGCCAUGGAUGGGACCCCGUAUUCAGCGAUCCUUUGGACAGUCAUCCGAUAUUGGCAUCGAGCGAUGCAGGGAUUCUCAUGGAAACUUGAACCGAGAGGUCACAGCGGCACAACUUCGAAAGGGGAGAACUGUUGGCAAUUUGGUCACAAAACAAUGCUGGAUUUGCAGAGGAUACUUGGACAAGAAUGGUAACCCCAUCCAGUGCUGGACGUCCAUGUGGUGCAAGUUCUGCCAUGCUCCCUUGUGCAACAAGGAUAGGACCAAAGAGAAAAGGUUUGGUCCUGAUGGUCGCGACAUGUCUUGUGUUGACACGCAUUUUGGUGCAUGUCAUUCUGAUACGUUUGGCUGUGGUGAUCUCAAGGUAAAUGGCCAGUGCUUCCCCAAGGCGGAUCAGAUCAAUCAGCACCCACGUCGCAGUCGCCGGGGACCCUAUUAA